AUGAGCCGAAAUCACCAAUCAACUGGCUCAGAUAAGCCCUUCGGAAGAUAUAUUAUAAUGAAGACAAGGUCGGUUACAGAUAAAAACAAAAUUCGGGCUCGGGAACAAGGGUCCGAUCCUUCGGGAGAUGUCGCGCUCUCGGAGACGAUCAAGUACAUCGAGACCACCGGCGACGUGCCCCAACACUGGACAAGCCACGACAAAUUUAUUGACACUCUUCCAAUUAAACCUAUUGUUGCCUUGAACAGACACAGCGGUCAUAACAGAAUACAACACGAUAACUCGCCGCGUGUAUUCGUAAUGUGUUCCCAUAUCGACCGCUGCCCGUUCCGAACGCCGUAA